CUAACAGACGACGCCAGCCACCACCAGACUUGUUUACGCAGAGGUCGGAGGUCCCGUCGCUUCUCGACGCCCACGGCGAGACGCGCAUCUGUCGCCACGCGACUCGCGACCUUCACCCGACUUGCCGGGCAAAAAAACCCUCCGAAAUCUAAAGAGGAAACGAGCCUUAAAAGUUGUUGCAUGGGGCGUUGUCUCUAGAUGAAAAAUGGCAGCUAGCGUGCAUUGUUUCUACUGUCGCGAGGACCUCGGCGGCAGGAGGUUUGUGCGCAACGAGGGCCGGCCAGUGUGCGUACGCUGCCACACCAAGUUCUGCGCCAACAGCUGCGCCGAGUGCCACCGACCCAUCUCUGUGGAAUCCAAGGAGCUGAGCCACAAGGGCCGCUACUGGCACGAGGACUGCUUCCGAUGCGCCAAGUGCUACAAAGCGCUGGCCAAGGAGCCAUUCACCACCAAGGAUGAGCGCAUCCUGUGUGGCAAGUGCUGCUCCAGAGAAGAGGCACCACGCUGCCACGCCUGCUACAAACCCAUACUCGCUGGCACGGAGAGUGUGGAGUAUAAAGGCAAUUCGUUCCACGACGAGUGCUUCAUCUGCUGCCACUGCAAGCGACCGAUGGCGUCGCAGAGCUUCAUCGCCAAAGAAAGUGACGUCUUUUGCAGUCCCUGCUACGACAACAAGUUUGCAAAGAUCUGCGUCUCCUGCAAAAAGCCAAUAAUGUCCGGAGGAGUCAACUACCAGGAGCAGCCUUGGCACGGUCACUGUUUCGUGUGCAGCUCCUGCUCCAAGCCUCUGGCCGGGUCCAGCUUCACCACCCACCAGGACCAGGUCUUCUGCGUGGACUGCUACAAGACCACCGUGGCUAAGAAAUGCAGCGGCUGCCAUAUGGCCAUCACAGGUUUUGGCAAAGGGGUGAACGUGGUGAGCUAUGACGGAGGCUCCUGGCACGAAUACUGCUUCAACUGUAAGCAGUGCUCCCUCAGUCUGGCCAACACGCCCUUUGUGGCCAAAGGCCGCGACAUCCUGUGCUCCGACUGCGGCGGCAAGUAGAUAACGAAAACCUCGCGGUUCUACAGACCCGCUUUUGUCUUUGGGCUGUGCUUAAACGAUGGCAUUAAAGAUGUCCUUAUUUCAAUGACUGCCCCUUUUACACAUUUACACUUUUACACGUUUUAGAGAUUCAAUUCUCCCUCAUAAUCGACGUGACAAUCCAAGUUUCACCCCCUGAUCUUUAUCUCCUACUCAAAAGCUGUGCUGGUCUCCAAAAAAAUGUAUUCGACGAAUAGUUUUGUCGUUGGCAAUAAACGGUUGGAUUCCAGUUAACGAAUAAAGACGUCCUCCUUUGGAAAAACAACAAGAGAACUUUUAAGUCUUGACCUCAUAUUCCUCUGAUACCGAUGAAAGAAUAUACCAUAUUUCCUCAAAUAAUAGCCACCAUAUAUAUACACACACACAACUUUAUUCUUGAGGAAAAAGGUAGAUUGCUCAAGAUUCAUCUCUGAGUAUUUUCAAGAAAAGUCACACUUUUACUUGAAAAUAUGCAAUUUUAUUAUGGUUAUAAUACGAAAUGAAUCUCUGAAAUAUCUGACUUAUUUCUUAUGUUGACUAUAUAGGACUAUUUUAGCAGCCCCCACCGAAGCAUGUCAACUGUUUCUCAGAUGACUUGAAGUGUCUUAAAUUCCAAGCGCAGUAUUCAAAAUAAUCUUCCAUUACGAGGACGGAAUUCCAGUUGUGACACGAGGGUGCGCCAAAAUGUUGUGUGCAUCCAUAGUUAUGCCUUUUUCAUUACAGUCUGUAUUAGACCGGUCUUCAAUAUAGAACUGAUGACACCUGCUCGGAUGAGAGGUCUUCUAAGACAGCCAAAACAGUCCAGUUGCAAUUGAUUCAGUGCUCUGAUCAUGAAAUUACCUGGAUGAAUGCGAAUAUUCACAGGCAUUUUCAUGAUAGUUCGGUUUCACUUGGCAAAUAUUUUAAUAUAGCGGUAGCCUUUGUCAAAAAUAAGGCUCCGUUGAAGUAAGAUGCCUCCCCCAUCUGUGGUUGUGUAACAUUAUUUGAGGAAAUAUGCAGUACAGUACUAAAAAAAACUCUGUGGAAAAAACAAACAUCUGGUCCUAUUUUCGUACAACCUGAUUAUCGAUUUGUCGAUUUCUGUGAACAUGAACGUGGAAAAAUGAACAAAUGAAAGUGAUAAAUGAUGUAAUAUAAGUCCACUUGUUUAUCAUAAUAGUGGUGCAUGCUAAUUCCUUGUUGUCUCUUUCAUUCAUUGAGUGUUAGCAUGAAGCUAAAGGUAAGCUUUUAUUUUAUGCAAUUAAGGUUUUUAUACUGCAGCUGGUUCUCAUGUAUUUGGAAUAUGAACUGUUAUAAUUGCGAUCCUGAAAAAAAAUAAAUAAAUGUGUCAUACAUUCUUAAAA